CCUGGAAAGAAAUGCAAUGUGAGGGCUUAGGAAUGAAGGGCGUUUUGCUCAGAGAAGCUUGUUGUAAAUUUCUGUUGUUUUUCUACUUUGGCAGCGUCCACCAGCAGAGGAUCAGAUGUUCAACAGCAGCUCCAUCACCGAGUUCCUCCUCCUGGCAUUCGCAGACACGCGGGAGCUGCAGCUCCUGCACUUUGCGCUCUUCCUGGGCAUCUACCUGGCUGCCCUCCUGGGCAAUGGCCUCAUCCUCACAGCCAUAGCCUGUGACCACCGCCUCCACACCCCCAUGUACUUCUUCCUCUUCAACCUCGCCCUCCUCGACAUGGGCUGCAUCUCCACCACUCUCCCCAAAGCCAUGGCCAAUGCCCUCUGGGACACCAGGGCCAUCUCCUACUCAGGGUGUGCUGCCCAGGUCUUUUUGUUUGUCUUCUUUAUUGGAACUGAAUUUUCAGUUCUCACCAUCAUGGCCUAUGACCGCUACGUUGCCAUCUGCAAGCCCCUGCACUACGGGAGCCUCCUGGGCAGCAGAGCUUGUGCCCAGAUGGCAGCAGCUGCCUGGAGCUGUGGUUUUCUCAAUGCUGUCCUGCACACCGCUGAUACACUUUCACUGCCCCUCUGCCGGGGCAAUGCUGUGGACCAGUUCUUCUGCGAAAUCCCCCAGAUCCUCAAGCUCUCCUGCUCAGAGGCCUACCUCAGGGAAGUUGGGUUACUUACGGGUAGUAUUUCUUUAUUUUGGGGUUGUUUCACUUUCAUCAUGCUCUCCUACGUGCAAAUCUUCAGGGCCGUGCUGAGGAUGCCCUCUGAGCAGGGCCGGCACAAAGCCUUUUCCACGUGCCUCCCUCACCUGGGCGUGGUCUUCCUGUUUAUCAGCACUGCCAUCUUUGCCUACCUGAAGCCCCCUUCCAACUCCUCCCAAUCCCUGGACCUGGUGCUGGCAGUUCUCUACUCGGUGGUGCCGCCAGCAGUGAACCCCCUCAUCUACAGCAUGAGGAACCAGGAGCUCAAGGAUGCAGUGAGGAAACUGUUCGAGUACUUCCAGCAUCAAUAAGGUGCCCAUCAUUCUAACAGGCCACUCACCACAGACAGAAGAGAC